AUGAAAAACCUUCGUAGGGAUCCAUUAGUUAGGGUUAUAAAUGAAAGAACGCUUAAGUUAUUGGAACAAUUACAAAACCGAGGUACUCCUGUGGAAAUCAGAAAAAUGCUGCGUCAUGAGUUAGAAGAUGUGGGAAAAAGACAUUCUGUAGGAGGUGCGGCAAGAAUUGAACAUAACCUAAUAAAUGGUUUUAGAAAAUAUGAAAAAAUCAUAAAAAACGCUAUUGAAGAAAAUAAUAUUUAUAAUGCCUCUGGUAUACUACAAAAUAAUAACUACGCCUCAGAUGGACAAGAAGUAUUCGAAAUUGGAUAUCAAAAUGGAAAAUUUCGUCUAAACGUCUUAGGUAACGUAUAUGAAGUGGAUAACCCGCUCAACUUCGUAUUUGGUGGUAACAAAGAUGUAACUGAAAACAACGAUAUUAAUCCAAAAACAAAACAUGAACACGGCAUCAAAAAUCGAAAAAAGUUUGAUGCUAUUGGAGAUAAAAAAGUUUCACGUAAAAAUAAAUCAAAAACUACAACUCCUUUUGGAAACCUUUAUCAAAAACUUUUUAAUUUAUUGGGUUUAAAUAAAUUAUUUUCUUCUAAUGAGUCUUUAUCUAAUAAUUGUACAUUAAAUUCAACAAAAAAUAAUGCUCGUCAAAGAGAAUCCUUAAUAAAUAACGUUUUUAUUUCUGGUAAUAAUCACAAAAAUGGUACAGAACCAAGCUUCAACAUUACUCAAGAUGUCAACAUUAAUUCCUAUCAAGUCAACAAUCAUCAUUAUAAUGUAUCACCAAAACCAGAUGAAGAUGUUGAUAUUACAAACAAUGAAAUCAUAGCUGAUAGCACAAAUGAUGUACUUGAGCCGAGUGUGGCAACUGAAGAUGAUUUAAACGAAAAUAAGGCUUUAGUUGAAGAGGGUUCUGAUAAUACUAGUCAGAAAAAUUCAGGAGAAAAAAAUACUCAAAAACAGGCGCCGGAACCAUUGAUUUACUUCGACAAAGGCAGGGUCGGCGUGAACUUUUUUGGAUUUAAAGCUGCAGCAGGUUUGGGAAGUAUUCUGACAGGAAAUCAAGCCGAUGGUGGGCUGUAUGCUGAAGCUGGAACACCAUUUGGACAGUUCGCUCAUGCAGGGUUAGGUGGUCAAGUAGAUGAACAAGGAAAAUCUAUGGGAGGUCUGUUUGCUGGCGCUACAGCAGGAAACGGCAUUGGUGCUAAAGCAGGAUUAGGUGGAAGGGCUGGAGCUGAUGGAUCUUUUGGAUCUUCGUACGCUGGAGCAUCGGCAGGUGGAUUAACUAAGCUGAAGUUUAAUAAUAUUGGUGUUCCUGCAGGUGGAGUUGUUGAUGAUCGGAAGGAUAAUAUAGUAAGGGUAAACAUCAUAUCUCAAAUACCAUCGAAUUUGUUAAACGUUUUCAGACGAGGUGAAAUUAUUCCAGUGAUUCCACCGGAACCAAUAUAUAUUGAAAAAACCAAAUUCAAAACACGUAGACGACCUCAUCUUAAAAGGAAACAAAUCUUCGUAUCACGAGGAGGUUACUACGGUGGAUUAGACUCUUUGCCUGGACCCCCAAUAGCGCCCAUUCCCGGUCCCGACUUCGGAGACGUUCCCGUCGUUAAUGGUGGAGGAGGAGUUGCCGCUACUAAAACUGUUAGCGUUAGAAAAAGUGUUAAUCCUCAGUUUAUAAAUGACGUUUUUAAUAUCCCAAUCUCGACGUUAAACGCAGUGUCUCGAUUAGUGGGGGGGAUAGCGAAGAAUGUCGAAGGAUCAGUGACAGUUAGUAAAGCGGUUGCUGUUAACAAGGAUUCAACUAAAAAUUAG